AUGGGUCUCAUUCACUUCCAAUUCAAUGUGGACAAAACUAAUGCGGUGGCUAUUUCCGCUUUUAGCAGCCAAAAUCCAGGGGUCAUCACUAUUGCAAAUGCUGUCUUUAACUCGACACCACCUAUUUCUAUUGAUGUUCUUACCAAGGCAUUUCAAGUGGACGAGAAAGUGAUUGAGCUUCUCCAGAAACAAUUCUAG